AUGGAAAUAUAUGCAAAAGAGAUUGAACCAUUGAAGGAGGACUUGAGAAAGAAGCUACUAAUUAUGGAUGAUUCUGUUGAUUUGGGGAAGAAGAUGAGUUUCAUAGACGCAGUGGAACGUUUGGGAGUUUCCUAUCACUUUGAGAGUGAAAUCGAAGACAUGUUGAACAAGAUUUUCAAAGAAUUUGCUGCAAAUAAUUUCGACAUCGACUAUGAUUUACACAACACUGCAUGCCAAUUUCGCAUAUUCAGGCAACAUGGACACAAAAUGCCUUGUGAUGUAUUCAACAAGUUCACUAAUAGUGAUGGCAAGUUUAAAGAGAAUCUAAGGAAUGACAUAAAGGCUAUAGUGAGCUUGUAUGAAUCUGCACUCUUAAGGGUAUAUGGUGAACCUAUCCUAGACGAAGCUUUCGCUUUCGCUACGGAUGUCCUCAAAUUAAGUGCACCAUAUUCUGAGCUAGCUCGCCAUGCAUUGAAGCAAGUAUUGCACUUUGGCAUUCAAAGGGUGGAGAAUCGCCUUUUCAUUUCUUUCGAUGAGGAAGAUGAAACUCGACACGAAACACUUCUAAAGCUAGCAAAGAUUGAUUUCAAUAGGGUGCAACUAUUGUAUCGUAAAGAAUUGAGCCAGGUCUUAAGGUGGUGGUACGAGUUGGAUUUUAAAACAAAGCUUCCUUAUGCGAGACAAAGAAUGGUUUUCAUCGGCUGUAUCUACAAUCGUGAUUCUGUUCCAGAGUUUGAGGUUGAUUCUCUUUCCAUGAAAGUAUAUAAUAAUACUGAGAAAAGUGUAACAGCUGAUUUGAACUUUACUGUCACAUUAAAGAACAAGGAUGAAGAUUUAUUGUCUUUUGAUCAAAUGCAAGUGUCAUUAGAGUAUCAUCAAAAUGAUGAGAUUAUGUCAUCGACGUCACUUGAUGCUUUUCUUCUAGAUGAAAAACAACGCCAGAUUCAAUUUGGAAUGCUCAUCAAUGCACACUACCUUCGAAACGAGACCGUGGAUUCGAUCUAUCGGGAUAAUGUUUUACGGUUUGGUUUAAAAGCUCAGGGUCACUAUGUACGUCCUCGUGAUCAUUAUUUUGACAAGUGCGAGAUUAAGCUCGUGUGA